UCAAUCAUUGUCUUCGACAUAAAUUAUUUUAGGUCCCAUUAGUACUUUUAAUACAUCUAGAGGGGAAAAAAAGUCACUACACGUUAACAAUUUCUAGAUCUUUCCACAACGUUUACUUGCAACUCUCUUAAAAUCUUGAGACGCUACUCAGAAAACCAAUCUUGUUUGCGAUGGCGACAGAACCAGAAGCUGAGGUUGGAACAGAGACAUCCUCUGUUUCCGGAAGGUUUAUGAGGAACAGAGAUUUAUAUCUCUUCUUGCCUUUUCUCUUAGGCUUUUCUGAUCGAGAAACAUCAAACGGCGAUGAUGAUGAUGAUAAUGAUGUUGCUUCGCCGCGUGAGAGAAUCAUUUUAGUCAACCCUUUUACGCAAGGAAUGAUCGUGCUCGAAGGCUCGUCAGGAUUGAAUCCUCUGCUUCGUGACUUACUGGAGUCACGUGAGGAAGGUCGUCCUCCAGCGUCCAAAGCUUCCAUCGAUGCGAUGCCAGUUGUAGAGAUGGACGGCUUUGAAGGAGAGUGUGUGAUAUGUUUGGAGGAGUGGAAGACCGAGGAGACGGUGAAGGAGAUGCCGUGUAAGCAUAGGUUUCAUGGUGGAUGUAUAAAGAAAUGGUUAGGCUUUCAUGGAUCGUGUCCUGUUUGUAGGUACGAGAUGCCUGUUGAUGGAGAUAAGGUUGGGAAGAAAAGAAACGACGGGGGAGAGAUUUGGGUUAGGUUUAGUUUCAACGGAAACAGUGAUCGUGAUGGUAACACUAUUGGAUCUAGUGGCACUGUUGAAUCCGAGAAUUAAGGUUACAGAAUAAGUUUUCUUUGUGCCUUUUUAUUGUUCUUUUUUUUUUUGUUUUGGGGAAAAGUUGAUGAUCGUUUUUUUUUCCCAUUCAAAGUAGGAGAUAUUUUUGGUUUAUUUUCUUAUAAUUUCUCCGUUAUGUUUGUUUUCUUGAGUUCAUGUAUUAAAAAGUUAAUGGAUUUGCAAGAAAUCAUUUGGUUUUCUGUUGCGAGGCA